AUGUGUGAUAUUGAACCUAAAACCACAGCGUGCAAGCAUUUGGUCGCCAUGACGGAUGCAAAGCGCCUUCCUCCACCUCAAGCAUUGAGGGACAGCAAAGAGAGGAAGCAGAUGAUAACUCUCAGCACCGACAACGCACGUCAUAUUGAAGCUGCCCCAGAAGGGUGUGAAUCGAAUGUUGUCAUUACUGUGAAUGUGGAUGAUACAUGGCUCAUGGAAAGCAUGUCCCGAACCAAAAUGGACCUCAUCAUCAUUGACUUCCUACCAGAGCAUUCACAGCUUUGGCAUGCAAUGCAAGAAGAGGGGCACUUGGUCACUGAGGAAGCCUCUGAGGACAUAAGAAUCAACAGAAGCACACUCCAACACCUGAUUCCCAGUGGAGUACAAGUUUUUGAAUCAAGACUUCAAAGGGACUUCAUAAACCAAAGAAGGGUGCCAGGAGGAAAGGGUGGUUUUGGAGUUGUGUUCAGGGCUCAGAACAAACUGGACAACCAUUCAUAUGCCAUCAAAAGGAUUCGCCUUCUCAAAAGUGAGAAGGAGCGUGCUAAGGCAUCACAAGAGGUGAAGGCUUUGGUUAAACUGCAGCACCAGUCUAUUGUGCGAUACUACGCUUCUUGGGUUGAUGAUGUCCCUGAUGGCUGGAAGCUGGAGGAUAUUAAAGUUACUUCAACUUCAACUUCGGAGGACAAGAGUGCCACAUCUAGUGAGGGGGAAAGCAACAAAUCUGCCUUUACACCAUCCAACAUUCUAUUUGAUGAAAAGCAAAGGGUCAAAGUUGGUGACUUUGGGUUGGUGUUAGAUGUUGCCACUCUGAAUACUAGAGGAACAUCUCAUCCAGUUGGUCAAGUUGGUAGUGGGACAGAACUCUACAUGAGUCCAGAGCAGGUGCUUUUCAACUAG